AUGCCGCAAGCCGCCACUCAAGAGGGAGAGGCGUCGGGGUCCGGACCAACCCGCGCGCUCCCACGCAGCCAGAGGUCCACGGCUGCAGCAAGGCCCACGGCGACGACCCGGUCGAUGGCCCUGGUACGUGCGCGGCAGUCCCCGGGCUCCCAGUCCCCACGGGAACCAACCGUGCGAUCCAAUACAAGGAAGAGAAAGAGGGAUCCGGCUGCCAACCGGAAAUCGAAGAAACGGAAGAGGACCGGGGAGGAGGAGGAGGUCUCAUCUGCAGACAGCUCUCCAGUUCGCCAGCCACAUAUCCCGGAUCGCAUGUACCGACUUCAUGAUCUGAGUACGUCCAAAGCCAUUCAGAAGGCACGAGAAGAUGUUUCGGCCAAAAGAGCUCGCCAUAUGGGAUUGGCUACUCUGAAUGUGCACAUGUGCAGAGCUUCCAUGUGUGUUCUUGAUGACCCAAAUCUGGUUCCUGUUCGUGAAUCUGCAAGGACGGCAGUGCUUAACGCUGGACGCUCUGUUCUCGGACUUUCAUCCUCUGUUGGUGGUAAGCCACUAGCACGAUGCUGUGGUUUCUGGGUUGAUUGGGAUGAGAAGAACAAAAUUGGCACUGCUUUGACAACUUCACGUCUCAUUUGUACCAAGUCUGCAUCUUUGGACAGUUGGUCAGGGCAAGAAGAGUAUGAUACUAAUGCCGAGGUCCUUGUUCACAUGCAGGGUGGCACCACUGAAAAGGCCACCCUGCAGUACUAUCAGAAGCACUAUGAUUUGGCCUUCUUCAGUGUUAGAAUGGAUAGGCCUGUUCAUAUACUAUCUUUCAAUGAUGGUGUGAUGCGUUCUGACCAUGUUUUUGAGCUUGGAAGAGAUGAAAGUUCGUUUCUAAGGAUAAGCCAUGGUGUGGUGAAAUUCUUGAAUCCGAACCUACUUGAACGGUAUCACUAUAUGCAUGUUCACAGUGCAGAUCCACGUCCCAGGUAUGGCAAAGGAGCGCCACUCAUUGACUUUGGCGGAAAAAUUGUGGGAAUGGUCAAUGGCAAUACAAGCGGAUAUUUUAUACCGUCUUCCAUUUUAGUGAAGUACUUGCAUUUGUGGAGAAAAUUCCAGCGCAUCCCUCGGCCCCAGCUUGGAAUGAAAUUUUGGUCGAUCAAGUUUGUAGACAUUGCUCUUGCUGAGAAUAUAUUGUGCAAGUGUAAUAUUGAUGAUGGCCUUAUUGUAAAAAGGGUGUCAUAUGGAUCUCCUGCUGAGAAACUUGGAAUACUGGUGGGUGACGUCAUUAGUUGUUUCAAUGGAGAACACAUCUCUACAACAGUUGAGUUAGAGAAUAUGAUGCUGAGCAAAUGUGAGGAUGAAAAUAAUAGCCUUAAUUCUGAACUGAAUGUCAAAUUUGAUGUGUUUCACAUACGCAAGUCUCGCUGGAGUGACAGAACAUUAACUGUAAAAGUGUCUGAUGACAGUGAAGUAGUUGCAACAGGAGGUAUGUAUCCUUUGGACACCAUGAUCAAUACCAUGUGA